CGGGGAAGCGCUGUGCCCAGCUGCGGAAAGUAGGAAGGGCUAACUGUCUACAAAGAAGAAGUUUGACGGUGGCCACUUCGAUGAGGCGCAGGACCUGCUCGGAUGGGGUUGUUGUCGUGACAACGAGCGAGCAAGCGCGCGCGCGCGCGAGGAUUCCAGCCUGAGGGGGCCAGUCGAGUGAAGUGUAGCGGGGGAGGGGGCUCACUGCUGAGGGGACUAGCAGAGAGAGCAGGAUCGAGAGAGAGAGAGAGAGAGAGAGGAAGUCAGGGAGGGAGGGCGCCGCCAAACAGCGCGCACUUCGCAGCCGCUCACUCCAGCGCUGCCGAGACUUCUCCCGCGCGUGUGUAGCUUCGGAUCGCCGUCUUUUUCGCGUCCGCUUUCUUUCUACUCUGGAGUAUUUACAACACUGGGGAUCUACUGCCUGACCAUGGUGGGAAAGGGAUCUUUUUGUCGGAGACAGUUGCAGGCUGUUCUGCUGAGAAUACUGUGCCUUCUUCCCACAGGACUGCCAGUCCGAAGCACGGAUUUCCUGAGAGGAACCGAUAACAUCACCAUUCGGCAGGGUGACACGGCAAUCCUCAGAUGCUAUGUGGAUGACAACGUGUCGAAAGUGGCCUGGCUCAACCGCUCCAACAUCAUUUUUGCCAGAGAAGAUAAGUGGUCUCUCGACCCCCGGGUGGACUUGGUGACCAAGGGGCAGCUAGAGUAUAGCCUUCGAAUCCAGAAAGUGGAUGUAUAUGAUGAAGGUCCCUACACCUGUUCUGUUCAAUCUCAGCAGCAGCCCAAGACAUCUCAGGUGCACCUCAUUGUUCAAGUUCCGCCAAGGAUCUACAACAUCUCUUCGGACAUCACUGUGAAUGAAGGUAGCAAUGUCACAUUAAGAUGCUUAGCUAGUGGCCGACCAGAGCCUAUGGUCAACUGGAGACAUCUGACCCCUUUAGCGGAGGAGCUUGAUGGGGAUGAGUACCUGGAGAUCAGUGGCGUCACACGGGAGCAGGCUGGAAGAUAUGAAUGCAAAGCUUCCAGCGAUGGGCUUGCACCAGAUGUGAAAUAUGUGAAUGUGGUGGUGAACUACCCCCCACAGAUCAUGGAAUCCAUGAAUGCAGAAAUUGAGGUCGGGAGAACGGGAGUGCUGCAGUGUGAUGCCCUGGCUGUUCCCAAACCUGACUUUGAGUGGUACAGAGAUGACAAAAGGUUAUACAGCACCCAAGGAAUCCAUAUUCAGAACUACGGCACGCACUCCGUUCUUACUGUUGCUAAUGUCACCGAGGACCACUAUGGAAACUACACUUGUGUGGCUACCAAUAAACUGGGGAUCAACAACGCCAGCCUAUUUCUCUUCAAGCCUGUGUUACCCACCAAGCCAGUCCCACACAAAGAAGAAACUGAUGCCACGGUGCUUUGGAGACAGCCAGGACCUGGAACGGCAAAGGAUAACUCAGACUCCCUGGCCCAAUCACUGUGGCUUCUAAUGGCAUCCAUGGCUUGCCUUCUUUUCAAGUGUUAAUAAGAAUGACACGCCGCACCAUGCGAGACUUCAUUGAGACUGUUUGUAUAAGAACAACCACCAGGCCCAAUUGUGGCACAAACAGACAGAAUGGUCUAUUAAAAAAAUAAUCUUUUAGUUACAAGAAAAAAAACAAAAAAAAAAACAAAAAGGGUGAAGCGAGUUACUUAAAGGAAGCACCAGUAUUACUUAUACAAAUUGAUCGUUGUGGCCAUUUGCCCUUUUCUCCUCCCUUCUCCAUGUCCCUCAUGUUUAGCUUGAGUGCACCAUGAUGCUUUUUUCUUAUCUUUUCUUUUUUUCUUUUUUUUUUGGGGUUUGACUGAAAUGGUUGAAAUUUCUAAUGGACUUGUAAAUGUCUUUGGAUAUUUGAGACACUUUGGGAUGGAAACAGAUUGGCAUUUAAAUGCGUCGCCAGCUCAGAUGUGGCAGGGAUUCCAAGCCUAACACACAGCAGCCAUGCUUGAAAAAUGAGAGAUUAUAGCUUAGGUUUAUUACUAUCAUUUUAUUUUUUUUUAUUAUUAUUUUGUGUAUUUGUGCACCCCUUGCAGAUCGUGCGGAAAAACAAAUGCCAAAUUUGGUGGCCUGGAAGGGCAGAAGUGCUGGUCAGGGUGUUCGUAACGAAGAAAUGACGGCAAAAAAGUUAAAAAAAUAAAAAAUAAAAUCAGUGCUUUAGUUUGACUGAAUGGAAAUAUUUGCACAUGUUUUAUUAAAAAGAUGAACUUCAUCCGAAAAUGCAUCAUUAACUAGAGUUUCAUUGGCCAUGCCAGCAGAAUAGAAAUGCUAAAAAGAAAAACAAAAAAAAAAAAAGCCGCCCGAACUCAGCAGCCACUGGCUUCUUGCGGCGUGCAGGAGCCGUUUGACGAGGCCGCUCCUCUCGCACUCCCCUGGCUGUACAUUAGCUUGCCGAUAAUGAAACGUCCAUAUUUAAAUACUUGUAAAUAAUGUUGAAUAAAUCUGACUGCACUGGAGUCUCCAUAGCUCCUGAUACAUUUUGUGCUUUGACGCUCUCUGCGAGCCGUUCUGCUUGGGGUUUCAGUUUCAUGGCAUUGCAGUGUGGCACACGUGGGUGCACGUAUGUUGGCGGGAAUGGGAGGGGAGGGUGGAGUUAGUGUUUGCAAUCAAAGAACUGUCCACUCGUCUUGUCUUUUCGCCAUGGUGUGUUUUCUUACAUGUAUAUAAAUAAUCUGUAAAGAUUUUUUUUUCCUAUUAUCUAACACUCUCUAUUUGAAAAGAAACAUGUCGCUGUAGAUGCACUCAUAGGCAUACCGUAGCUGGAAAGCAAUGCCCAGGCUGUCGGAGAGUUGCCAUGUGUGCUGGGGGGGGGGGGGGGGGGGGGAGGACAAAAGAAGGGUCAAGACAGCACCACAUUUUCAGUGAGUCUCCUCCCCAUCUCUGACUCCUACACUUAUUUUCCUAACAGCCACAUGAGGGCAUCGUGGAGGAACGUUUUGGAUGCCAGCUGAUUGGGUUGGUUUUUUCUCACGGGUCUCAGUCUCUGUAGCAACUCAGCUAUUGUAGAGUUUAUCAAGUCCUCCAUCUCCAUUGCUCUGGUGCACUUGAAAAGGUUCCGGGAAUUAGACAAGGAUUCAUGUAUGAAUAUCGAAUAUUACAGUGUGCAUGUGUCUUAUGGCCUUAAAGCUCUCGUUAUAUUUAUUAUGUUCACCUCUUUCAGGAGGCUUUCAGAAAUCCAGACGUGCGCCUCCGCUCUAGUGCCAAUGUUUUUUGCCCCUUCCCCACUCCAGUGAUAAUGUUGACUGUGCAACACUUGUCUGGGAGAAUGAGACCACCCUCCUCCCACCCUAUCUCCCAUCCAGUUCUGGUUCCUGCCAUGUGCCCAGUGCUGCUGGAAUAGGCCACAGCCCCCUCGAAUCUGAGCGGGAUUUUGGUAGAUCACGUUAUUAUAAAAUCAGUGUGUUCCAUACAGUUGUCUGUCAUUUUCAUUCUUGUCUGCCAAUUAGCAUUCCUAUUGUCCACAGUGUCCCAGUCCUGUGCUUAGUAGGCUCUGUCUCGGCCCUUUUCUCGCCUGUGCCACUUGCCCCAAGAUCAGACCUUCCCUGGCCCUUUUUUUUUUUCUGUGCACAAUAUUUUUUUUCUUAUGCAACCCAAAGAUGGUUUAGUUUAGUUGAUGGGUGACUCUGAAUUGGACAGGUAUGAAUGAGAGUAGCUGUGGGAUAAAUACUUCCUGCAGUGCGUGGGCACCUCUUGUGCCCUCAAUUGACUCUGCCAUGGAAUGAGUUAGUUUAGAAAAUGAAUGAACAGAUGCCAGACACUCGGUGGUACACACGCACACUGCCACACUCACCAUCAUCCAAAGAUGGACUGGUUCGCUUGUGCCGUUGAUGACUGCCAGUGAACACCACACAUCAACACACAAAUGAGCCCCAUGUCCCUAGUGACACUCCAUUAUUCAAAAUAGUUUCAACUAUCAAUAAAAUGUUGAAAAAUUACCCAAGAUAAAUUGCUUUCUCAUAAUCUCAGUAAGCGUUAACUACGUUAGAUUGAUAAGUGUAGACUGAAUAUACGGCAGUCAGAGCAGAGGAUUAAUAUUUUGUUUACCACCGCGACCCCAAAUUGGAAUAAGUAGCUCAUAAAAAAUGGUGGGAUGGCUCAUUUCCAUUUGUCCACCUUGUCAGUUUAUUUUAUUUUUAAGGCAUUUGGUUUGACCACAAUUAGGUCUGAUCCAGCGUACAUUUUUCUAACAUUCAGAACAACUUGUGGUGUCCUGUUCAUGAUGUCAGCAGCGUGGUGACUGAUAACCAUUUGCACCUUUAGCCUCCGAGGAGAAGCCUUUACUUUUUGUUUUGGCUGACAUCUUUACUCCAUCUGCCCUUGUAUGUACAUAAGCCUUUACACAUCUUUGCACUAACAGUACAUUAUUAAACCAUACUGUGAAAAGGGCCGGCGAUCAAUGGUUAACCCAGCUUGACCUUCAUCUCCAUGACUUACAAGAUAAGGCUUCAGUACAGCUGGACCUCGGGCAGGUUAAGUGACUUGCCGAGGGUCCCACUUUGAGUUGAACCGGCAGCCAGUCUGCCCACAUUGCCAGAUCUGUUUGCCCCACCGCUGUGUCCAGCUCCUCAGAGCUGGACUCAUCUUGAAUCAUUCAGUUGGAAAUGCACUGGCAGUGCAACAGGAGUUCAGACUGGCAUGCCAACAGUGGAGUCUAUGGUUCAGAUUAGAAGAGUUAUAAGCAGGCAGGACCCAAACCUUAAUGUGGUGCCACUCUGUAGCACUAGAGACAAAUGCAUGCAUUCAUACUGAGCCACUUCAGAGUCACCUAAAAAACGAAAACACACAUCUCUGGGAUGUGGCAGAAAACCAACAAGUACUGACAGAACUUCCAGUAUCUACGUAUCUACUCAGCCAGUGACCGGGUUGCACUGUGGAGAAAGCGCUGGGCCUCCCUGCCACCCAUAAGCCUUUUUAUUAAAAAAAACAUUGAUUUCCUAUCUGCUGAAAAUGUAUCCAUUCUGUCACCUUCAUAUGUGUAAUACAAUAGUGCGUCUGUGGUGGGCUGCUGCUUCUCUCACAGACCUCCCUGGUGCCCCAGCCUGCACCGUGUCGGCCUUGGUGUCCUCUUGUCUGAUGGAGCUCCACUCUGAUUGGCGUCACUCCGAUCUGAUCUCCUGGAUGCCUGACCCCCUGACUCAGCCAGGCCCCUAAAUAGUUGCCAUUUCCAGUGUGCUAUUUGCGUCUGACCAGUUAGGCUCAUGUCAGCAUGUUUAUGGGACAUUAUGGAUACCACCAGGACCGUGUCACUGUCAAUGCAUGUCAAGUAGUAAAUAACAAGAAAUCUCCUCCAUAAAUUCAAGCAGCGUCUCAAAGUUUGUGCCAAUGUAUUCCAACCUUCAGGCGAGAUUUCUUGUACACUUGAAGCAACACUUCAGGACAGCGCAAAAGUUCUCAUUGCCCACCCUUUGCUUCUAGUUGAGAGCAGAAUGCGGAAUUAGAGCUGUCCUUUGGCUUUGGAUCAACUGAAGAUCUGCUAGAGCCAGCUGAUGUACCGGACUUGUGCUUUGUGCCCUCUGCUGCUAGUGUAGGCUCUGACUGCCUCUGACCCUGAAUUGGAUUAAGCAGGUUUGAACUGGGUCAUACCAGAUUUACCCAUAAUCCAAUAUGAUAAACAGCACACUUCUUUGAAUAAGCGGUGCUAUGAAUAAUAAGCAUGCAGUCACAAACGCUGCACCAUGUGCCUCAAAGUAUCGCCAAUGUAUGCACCAAGUAAAAGUCGUGUUGCGUCUCCCAAAAUGUGUCUAACGUGUGACCGCUAUCAUGGUCAAGAGGCUUUGGCGGGUCUCCCUAUAUAAGGGGGCCCAACUCCCCAGGAGCCCUCUGAAUAAGAUGCCCUGAGCAGGGGGCUUUGUGCCCUGGACCACUGCAUGAAUGUGUGCAGGGCAGCAGUGCCCGCUUGGGCUGGAGGAGAAGGAAGUAACGGGGAGAGACUCACAGCGAGGGGUCUGGCUGGAUUUCUGUUGUCAUUAUUCUGUAAUUACGCGUGUAACUCCACGUUGUGACACAAUUGUGUGACAAGAGUGACGGUCUUGGCAGGCCAUGCCCCGCUCAGCAGAUUACCUACAAGUACAUUGUAACAAUGCACAGUAAUUACAGUGUAAUGAGACUACAUGGACACACUGUAACAAGGGGCGGCCAAGCUAAGGGGGGGCUGUGGUUGUGCGGAGUUUGAUUUUGCUGAUGAGCCGAGUAUUAAAGAGUGAGACUAACCAAAUUUAAAAAAUAAAACAGCACUGUUGGAGUUGGGAGCUUCAUAAUGGCUUAGAAACGAAUUAGAGAACACGUGAAAGUGAAGGAGGGCCGAGCCGAAGAUCAGGACCCCCUUGACCCCAGUGGGCUCUAAGCAUGAGAGUGGCUGGCCCCUAACACUUUCUCUGUGUUUUUCUGCUGUAUGGGGCCUGCCACACACCUUCUGUCGUCACAUGCCACCUCACAGUAGCGAGGCAAAGCAGCAAACACAUGUGCUCCAAGUAAGCAUCCCCCACGCGAGCCUUCGGGGGGCUCAAAAGAGCCAUCGAGUUGCAUUGACUUUCAUUUUGUAACACGUGAACGUCGACUUUUUUAUACUUUUUAUUCAAGCAGUCCUUGCGCAGCAUCUGUGACUGAUGUAAAGAUGGCAUUAAUAAGGGCAUUGGGGGACGGCACCACCAUACAAAUGGGGAGAGAAUGAAGCAGCAAGCUGGCCUCCCAAUGACCCUGGCUAUGUCACCUGCCACCAGGGGCUCAGAAAUGAGGUAGGGGCUUCACUCAUCGACUUCAUACUGCAGAUCUGCUUCUCAGGUGGAGUUUGGCAUAAAUAAAGGCCCUGGAAAGCAAAUCGAGAAAGCUGAAACUGGCACCAUGAAGAAGAGGUGGGCAGAGAUAUACAGGGGCGACUUGGUAAUAGCAAUCAGUUCACUGUGGCAGAUGAUGGAUGCCGUCUUGCGUGCCGUCUUUAUCAGAGUGCUAGAUUAAAGAUAAAUCGGCCUACUGCUGGAGAAUACAAGAAACAAACUAAAGUGGUGUCCUUCCUUUUUGUCCUCUAAGCCAAAAGAUGAGAAGUACCCGUCAUGGUGGGCCUGCACAGCUGGACCGCCAGACAUGUACUGAUGUUUUUUGGCUGCUCUGAUCACAUCCCAAAAUCCUUGCACAGUUUCUAUAUGGUUUUCUGUGAUGACAAAUUUGUUCUGUAGACAUAAUUGUGUAUAGCAGGAUGGAUAGCUGACCUAUAAAAUGUUGUUAUCUGGAGCAUGCUACGACCAAUCAAAGAAGAAAACAUAAAACUAAAAAAGAGAGUUUGAUAUUGGCAGCUGGGACCACUGCGCAUGUGGGGGUCACGGUAGAAAGGCUGGCAGGAGCUGGGGGUAUCCCGAGCCCCGUAGUCUGCUCCCACUUUUCAGUUUAUUGCUCCAUUUCCCACUGUUGCACCUCAGCCGGAGGCAAACAAAAAAAAUAUUCUUGACGCCCGAGCCCCUCCACAUGUGAACGCCGGUGCUCAUGACAGUGCCAGGGGGUACGGCCCCCAGCCUCCUACCCCCCGCCGAAUAGGUGGCCCAGGGUGAGUGCGGUUGUGCCAGUGACUUGCGGAUCGGCUGCCAGGUCCAUUUGAGUACCACCUUCCCGACGGACCCCUCGAGCCGACUCUCUCUGUACAGCUGCUAAUGAAAUCCACUUUGUACAAGUGUGUUGCUGAUUCCUCUGUAUAUUUUGUGUGUGAUUCUAAACUUUAUCCAGUGAGUGGAUUUUUUUUUUCUAUUCUCACUGCUUUCCACAGGCUUGUGUUGCUUUGGGUUUGCUAACAUGAAUAAUAAUAAUGAUAAUAAUAAUAAAAAGUUUUAAAGUGA